AAUGUGACUUCGAGAACACAGUACACAGAGCAUCAUUCACCGUGCCCGCUUCUUCUCUCGUCUCCCACGCUCACAUCGCAUUCUCCCGCUCUAUGCUCGCGCAGAUGUGGACCUGAAAACUACUCAACCUCUCGUUACAAAAUUGCCGUUUGUAUGUAAUUGCUCGACAUGUUUUUCACAUUAAAUUAGACUGAACCUGAAGACUGCUUGUCACACGUAGACCAAUGCUGUUUUUGGGAAUAAAAUAAACUACAAUUUUUCUUUUUGGGUGCGUAGGUUGGUUGUCUUGACUAGAGCAACAGUAUGGAUCUCUCAUUUAUAGCUGCACAGAUCCCAGUCAUGACGGGGGCCUUCAUGGACUCCUCACCCAAUGACAACUACAGUGCCGACCACUCGCUCUUCAAUUCCUCGGCCAGUGUCCACGCCGCCUCUGCGGCGACCUCAGCCCAGACCCAGCAGGACGACCAGUCCUCGUCCAGUGAUGCCAUCUGGCUCUGGAUUGCCAUCAUCGCUACUAUCGGCAACAUUGUGGUGGUGGGAGUGGUCUACGCAUUCACCUUCUGAUCCAUCUUGCCUUCCUGUCCACCAAGCCAAAAAUGAGUGAGCUUCCCCAUGGGGGAACGUGAUAAAAGGCAAAGGAUAAAUAUCACAUAAUGAAUUACCAAAGGGCUCCGGGAUGCAAACGCUGACUGCGGUGUGGGGUUUCUUUAGUUGAAGCUUCAGCAACAUUCACUUUCAAUAAAAAAACUCUAUGUUUCAGGAUAGGAACAAUAUACCAGUACGCACAAGUUCAACUGAAGUCUGAAUGGUAUUUUCAACUUUAGUCACCUAACUUUCAGUAGACAUCACGCUCCUGGAUGUUGUUGUGUUGCAUUGUGGUACUGAGGGCGAUAGGAUACGGACAGGGUGAACCGGACCAUCUUAAAUGUCCCCCAGAUAGAUGAGAGGCAAUUACGAGGAGUGCUGCUUAAUUAUUUGGAUGAACAGAGACGUGAAUCUUAAAACAUUUAAGUGAUGCUGGGAAUACUUCUGCAUUAGCCAUGGGCUCAGGUUCUUACAGUCCAUUAUCUGUUCUGACAAAAGAAAGCUUCUCAGUUUCUAUAGCAAUGCCACACCAGUUUAUGGUCCAAUAAAGGAAAUCACUCCACCAUC